AUGAGACUUCCAACUCCCGUUGAGAAGCCGAAAGACCUCGACACUCGAAGUAAUGAUCCAGAGCGAAAAAAAAAAAAAAGCCGAAGAGCUGACAAAAUGGAUGACAAAACGGAUGACAAAAGAAACAAUCAGAAACGGGACAAACAAAAUGCUGAAGUGUUAAACGACAAGUCGAGGUCGAACCUGUCCAAGUGCACCACAAAGAAAGGAAAUAAAACUCGGUUUGAAGAAAAAUACAAAAAAUAUUACGCGGCAAAUAUUGAUAAGUCUCUCCUAAAAAGUGAUAUAAACUGCGUAAGCUACGUUUACAAAAACCUGAACGAACAAUCUACUUCAAAACAGGUAGCCAAAAUGGCCUUGUUCAGAGGGGGCGAAGAGAAAGUAGAUGCAGUUUUCCAAAUGUUAGAACUUGAAAAAUGUCAGAAGAAAAAUGAGGCAAGUGGAUCUACUCACACCACAGGUCAAUGUCGUAACGAUCGGGAAAAUAUCUCAAGUCAUAAGAAUGAUGACGAGACCAUUCAAUCAAUCAUUUACUCCACAUUCAUCAAUACAAAGCUCAGACAACAACAGAAAUAUGCAGAUGCAAGUACAAUUAAACCAGUUAAAAUGAAGCUAACAAAAACGGGGAAAAGAGGGAAUAACAAAACUUCUAGCUACGUUAGCAACAAGCCAAGCUACUAUUAUCCCCAAUCUAGUGCAGUAGAACCCACUCCUAAGAGCCCCAAAAUAGAUACAUAUAGUAAAAACCUAACUGCAACAUUAACAAAAAAAAAAGUAUACACAGAUGAGUGUGUACAAAUAACAGAAACAGAUGAAGAAUUGAAAACCCUAAAAAAUGAUGGUACCUUCUUAUAUGAAAAAAUAAUAUCAGAGAAAAAAAAUAAUAAAAAAGUGAAUCACACUCAAACUAGUACUCACUAUGAAGAGGAAGAAUUAAACAAAUUUGCAAAAUAUAUAACUAAACAAAUUAUAAAUGAAGCAAUAAUUCAAAUCACUUACGAACAAAAUGUUAAAUCGAUGGAAGAGAAAAAAAAAGUUGUUCUCAUAAACCACCAACAGAAUAUUAAAACAUAUAAUCAUCUAAUUAAUUAUCAGGAAAAUAACUUGAACAUAAUGCUUGAUCAAACUGAGAUUUCUAGGUACCUCCACAUUUUUAACAAAAUAAACAUCUUCUCCAAAUCUAGACUUAUUAUAAAUACCAUUGUGGAGAAAAAUAUUCAGCAGCUUAAAGAACGGAACAAUGAAAAAAGCAAAAAAACACAAAUCGAAUGGGACAAUCAAGUCAUAAAACAUCUACUAAAAAAUGUCAUCGCAUUUUUAGCUACAGAAAAGAUCGUGUCAUAUAUGACUAAAGAACUAACAGAAAAUUCCUUCUUAAACUUUUGUUGUUUCAACAAACAACACAUAGAUAUAAUGAAUGCCAAUUUGAGUGAACACAAAAUUUCUCUAUAUGAGCGUCGACGAAUGGAAGCUGGGCAUUUCAAUUUUGUAUAUUCCAAUGACAACGUAAAGAUUAAUAUUCCCAUAAGAAUAAAGAAGCAUAUGAACCUGGAGAAUCUACUACGAAUUAUAAAAAAACACAUAAAGAAGAAACUCAGCAUUCUGUCCAAAGAUUAUGAUAUAGACUUCCUGUUCAUACGGGAUGGUGCUAAUGACAUCAUGAGUAUACGCGACUUGUUCUCAUCCAACGGGAAUAAAUUCACAAUAUGCAUAAACAAAAAGGAAGAAAAAACCUGA